GGAUCUCGAAAGUUGCGAGCGGAGCUGAGCACCAUAUUGAAUCAAAGUUGUCAGCUCCUUAACAAAUGUUUCAGAAGUGUCGCCCUCCAAGCGGCUUUCUUUCCGAGCGGACCGGGACAGAGUGGGAGACGACGCGCAGAACAUGGACGCGCUGUGAAACGGCGCUUUCCGGUUCGCUCGUCGUGCGUGUUGUUCAGAAGUUCAUGCAGCCCCGAGAAGAAGACGUCGAGCCGCCCGCAGCUUUUAAAGUUUGACUUCGGCACUUUUUUUUUUCUGGAUGUGAUGGACAACCCGUCCUCAGUGAUCACCCAGGUCAGCCGGGAGGAGGAGGGCAGCAAAGCGGCGGGAGAGCGGGGUUCUUCUCCGUCUCUGUCUUUGAAGAAGCCCCGGAGCAGAGGCCUCUUCUCCAACCUGUUCUGCUGCCUGUGUCGGGACCAUCCAGAACCUCCACCAGUUAACAACAACGCCCCGCUCUUAGUCGAAGAGAAUGGCACUCUGUCCAAGGUCCAAGCGAAGCCACUGCUGCCUUCAGUGAAGUCGAAAGACUCUGGAAAGAUCUGUGUGGUUAUAGAUCUGGAUGAGACUUUAGUUCACAGCUCCUUUAAGCCCGUGAACAAUGCAGAUUUCAUAAUUCCUGUGGAAAUUGAUGGAACAGUACAUCAGGUGUAUGUCCUGAAGCGACCGCACGUCGACGAGUUCCUGAAGAGGAUGGGGGAGCUGUUCGAGUGCGUUCUCUUUACUGCCAGUUUAGCUAAGUACGCAGACCCCGUCUCCGAUCUCCUGGACAAGUGGGGUGCGUUUCGCUGCCGCCUCUUUAGGGAGUCAUGUGUCUUCCACCGAGGUAAUUACGUCAAGGACCUGAGCCGCCUGGGUCGCGACCUCAACAAAGUCAUCAUUGUAGACAACUCCCCCGCCUCCUACAUCUUCCACCCCGACAACGCGGUGCCCGUGGCCUCAUGGUUCGAUGACAUGUCUGACACGGAGCUGCUGGACCUCAUCCCGUUUUUUGAGAGGCUGAGCAAAGUGGAUAACGUCUACACAGUCUUGAAGCAACAAGGGCCUACCAGCUAACGCCGCUCGGCCCGUCGCCUCAGCUCCGAACAAAUCUUUGUUCAACGAUAAAGGAAAAUGGAAAUUCAGCGAUGCUCCAGCUAUCACUGCCAGCCAGAACUCAGGCUGUGGACAGAGCCUCUACCCCCCACCCCCCAAAAAGCAUCAAACCAAGCCUUUACUUGGGCAUCUUGAGUGAUUCUUGACCUGGUCAAACCUGGUCUGACAUGAACCAGCUGAUGUGAGGGUGAAAGGAUAAAUGUUUGAAGACAUUUCUGCAGAGGCCAGAAGCCACGAACCCCCCACCCCACUGGGCACAGCUUGGAAAGCAGAUCUCUUCAUGGUGCGGUCCCGGAAACUGAUUUUGGAAACGUUUACGUGUAAACACGUUUGAUCGGUCAUUGAAAUGACGAAUGUGCGCUGCGGAUUCUUAACGUCUUUUAAAACAUUUAGCAUAAUUACGCCCUUGCUUUGUAAGAUGGCACACUAUUGGUCUGGAGUCAAAAAAAAAAACAUUUUGUUCUUUAAAUCUCAUUUCAGAGAUAUUUUUUUUGACAAUGUAAUCAAGUAUUUUUGAAAAAAGUCUUGACAGUGUUAUUGAGUAGCAAUUCUUAAGAAUAAAUAAAUUACAGCUAGGGCUGUAAUCAAGAGUUAAUGAAAAUACGGAAUUGAUUG